AUGUUGAAAGGAAAAAAAGUAGCUUCAAAGACAAACACACCAACAGUGGAAGAUUCAACAUCAAGUGAAGAAGAUAAUCCAUCUGUUGCGAUAGAAGAAAUUCAAAAAUCAGCAUCACCAACGACGAGAUCAAAGUCAGCAUUAAAAGAUUCAACCCCAAUUUCAUCCCCAACUCCAUCAGUUCCAGCAGAAGAAAUUAGGAAAUCAACAGGACCAAAAGCGAGAUCGAAGAGAUCAUUAGAAGAUUCAACAUCAGAUUCAGUACCAGAAACUUCAAAUACAUCACCAUGUACUGAUACAAACAAACCUUAUAGAUCAGGUUUUAAUGCAAUCAACGAGUUUGCGAACAAGUACCUUGAGAAGGAUGGAGACGUAAGGAAAAAGGAUCAUAACAAAGUCUGGUUCACUGAAUUUCAGUUAGAGAAGCAAAAGGAGAGCCCUUUUUGGCCUAUAUUAGAUGUCUUUGUUCACAAGAAAGCUGAAAAUAAAGAGGAGGAAAACUCAGAAAAGAAAAAGGAGAAGAAGAGAGAUCUGUGGUUCAAGAGUCCAGAAUCAAUCUUGAAGAUUGUGAACCAGUUCCGCCAUGAUAAUUCAGGGAAUAAUGUCUUCGUUUUCAAUACUGCCGAGGAGAAAAAGUUUGUGGAAGUAGAAAGUAUGCCAGAAGAUUUGUUCUUAAUUUUUGAAUUAAAAAUGGUGGCAUCAGAACCUGUGGAAAGAGAAUGUACCAAAACUAGAGCUGAGCAGAGAUACGGUUCACUAAUAAACCGAUUAAAACUGAAGGAUCAAUCUAAGUUGGGGAAACUAGAUGUGGAGAAUGAAGUAUUGCGUAUAAUGAAGUUAAAUCCAAAGCUGGAUAUGGAGAUUGAGAGAAAUGCUAAGGACUUGUAUUGGUUUGCUGAACACAACAACAACAUGACGCCAAGAAAUGAACAAGGAUUCCCAAGGUUUCUAAGGUGGGUGAUAAGUGACAUCAGCAAUACAAUAGAGAAAUACAUUGGUGAAGCUAUGAAAAAGCAAAAAGAUGAAGCAUUGGAAGAGCUUUCUGACUUGCAGGUUAAACAUCAAAAGCUUGUUAGCUUCAUUGAAGAAAAAAACAAGAAAAUUUAUGCAGCUAAUCUGAAGAAUGUGCAAAUUGAUAAGGAUGAGGAGGAGGAAGGUGAGAAAGGUGAGAAAAGUGGCAAAGGUGAUGUGGAUGACAGUGAUGAUGAUGAUGAUAGUGAUGAUAAUGAUGAGGAGGAAGGUGACGCAGGUAAUAGAAGUGGCAAAGAUGGUGAUGUGGAUGACAGUGAUAAGGAGCAGGAGGAGGAGGGUGAUGAGGAUGAGGAUGAGUAG